AUGCUCUCAGUGGACACGCUCAUCAUCUUAAUGAUCAACACCGCCAGUGGUGGGUACCUCAUGUGGUACCGACAGAAACCCAGCGGGGAAAUUGAAAUGAUUUGUUCGGAGUCGUGUCUGAAAUCCCGUUACACGGUGGGCACGUCAGACCUCCCCGGUGUAGGAUUUAUGACGAUCUCCAACACACUUGUGACGGAUUCCGGGAGUUAUAUCGCAGUAUCGAAGAAGAAAAAGACCAGGGCUUUUUUAGGCACUUCAUACGUGAAUUUGGCGGUCACAGAUCACACUCCGCGUAUUCGUCUGUUCUACGGGUCCGGCAUCGCCAAGACGCACGUGUUUCAGUGUGAGGUAGCGGGAGCGGGCGCGGACUUGCGCGGUCCGUACUGGGAGAUCACGGAACUCGGGCAUGUGCGCAAGAUGAGAGGAGUUGGAAGUGAAGGAAUAGAUGCAGACGGCCGCUUCACACGCUGGUCUAUGGUGACAUUGGGCUCAGACAAGUCCUUCUCUGUGACUUGUCUUUCUAGCCACAACCACACUACAGAAACGCUCAGAACCGGCACAAUUAACAUAUCUCAAGGUGCGUCUGUGUGCGUGUUCACCUACUUCCUGGCCCCGGUGGCGUGUGCGCUACUUGUGCUCACCGUGGUGCUGACGGUGCUCUCGGCCCGGAGGACCCGCCAACGUGGGCUGGAAAGAGAUGGUUGA